UUUCAAUCGGUUUACCCCCUGCCAGUAUUCAGAUUUGGAGCCUCGUGUCUAGCACUUUUGAAAUAAAACUUUUCAAUUUUUCCAAAAAGCAAAAAAAAACUACAAUAUGACCAAUCAAAUAAAGACGGAGGAUCAGGUUAAGAUCAGUAAGAUUGUCGAAAAAUUGGUCAAGCAAAAUUCCAAACGUACCCGUGACAUAUUGCUGAGUUGCCCGGAAUUGUCCGGCAGCCGGGCGGCUGCGGAGUUGAACUCAUUGGUGCCACGUGACGGACCAGCACACACUUACCGAACUGGUCAGCUCUUGAGCAUCGGACGACAAGUGGCCCACCGUAUGGUGGAUCCCAGCCAGGGUGAGCUGAUGCCCAACCGUGGCCAACUGGACGAUCGCCUACGUUCCGCUGGAAUCUAUCACAACCGGCUGGGCCAUCCCUAUGUACCACCUGGACCUAUAGGACAUGCCGAACUGGAGGAGGGUGGACAAGGUGACACCGAUCCCAGCAAGUCUAACGCAUCCAAGGGAAACUAAAUGGUUUUAACGGACCCAUUACCAAGUUUAUCACUGGAGUCCGAAGUGCCAGCGAGCUCGUGAGAUGCAGCAAGAUGCAGCAUGACGACUACCUAAAUCUCUAUUGCCCAGCUCCGCAUUAAAUCAGUUUUAAUCACUGA